AUGGCUGCGGCCGAUGUCCUACCGUGUGCAGAAAGCUGGGGACGAAGCCGACAACCUUCUUUUCCCACGCUGCCCUCAGCGACUGCUUGGGAUGAGCCCUCAUGGCAAACACAGCUGAGCUGCAUAUCCGCCGCUUGGGUUCUUAUAAACACCCCCGCAGCGCCUUCACGGCGGUCCAUUGACCACCGCCCAUUCUGGAUUCCCCCACAUUAUCGCUAUGUGGGAUCUGGCAAGCAUCCUAACAAGACGGUAUCCGACGAUCGGCCUCAUGACCUCUUGGAACCCCAUGAGACAUGUCGUCUUGCCCACCGAGCGUCUCCUUCCUCCCACCAUACUCAUUCACCUGUCCAACACGAUGACGCGAAGAAGCCAUCACGCUCCAGAGACGACUUCUUUCCGGAUCCCAUUCUGCACGUCAAGGUGGACUUCAACUCUCAACAAGGCAUAAUCGAGGCCGCCAAAAAAAAGAAGCAAAACAAAAAUGCCGCCCCUGCCAAACCGAACCAGAACAACGAUGGCAACGACAAGAAGAACAAUGAAGAUGAAAGCAAAAACAAGGAUGAAAAUCACGGAGGAGACGAUGCCGGCAGUGGCGGCGGUGUUGGCGAUGGCAAUGGUGACGGUGACGGUGACAAGGAUAAGGAUAAAGAUGAGGAUAAGGAUAAGGGAAAGGAAAAGGAAAAGGAUCAGGAUCAGGAUCAGGAUCAGGAUCAAGACAAGGGUCAGGAUAAGGAGAACAGUGGUGGAGAUGCCAAGGAAGAUCAACCUUGGGACGACUUCAUGCCGACAAAAUCCAAAAAGAAGAAAGGAAAGAAAGGCGCCACUGCAGAGCCAGAGCCAGAGGCAAAAACAGCUCCAGCCCCAACCAUACCUGCUACGGAUUCCGGCGGAGAUGGUUUUCAGGAAAUCAAACUUGGUGACGAUAAUGGAGGCAAGGUAGGUAUGGGUUUAGGCCCCAGCGCGGCCAAAAACAAUUUCGGAUCAUGGGGCGCGACGUGGAACACCGGAGGUACCACCUGGGACUGGGCCGGAACUGGCGGCAAUCAAGCCAAUGCUAAUGGCAACGCUAACGACGAGUCUAAAAAGGAAGAGCUGGACUCUAACCCAUGGAAUUCAAAAGACGACAAGGCCAAGAAAAAGACCAAAACGUCCUUCUCCUUCGGCGCCACAGACGAGGCUGAAGAUAAGUCUGCAGAUCAAAACCCCGGCGAAACCCAAGAUGAUGCUUGGGGUUUUGCCGCUGUUGGCAAGAAAGGUGAAAAGAAGAAAGCCACAAGUGUCUGGGCUACCCCCACCAUUCAAGACACAAAAGCCUCGACCGACAGUAUUUCUGCCGCCGCCGAUUCCUGGGGUUGGGCUUCUACAGACAAGAGAAAGGGCAAAAAGGGCAAAAAGGGCGAACAGGAGCAGGAAAUGGAACCGGAACUGGAACCGGAACCGGAACCGGAACCGGUCCCGCCGCCGCCGGCGCCGUCACCCCCAGCGGAAGAGGACUGGAUGGCGCCAGUAACUAAAAAGGAUAAGAAGAAGAAGAAGGCCGGCAACGCCGCUGCAGUUGCGGAGGAUGCCAAACCGGCACCUGCGGAAGCCGACCCUCCCAAAAAAGAAGAGUCUGAAGAUAUUUGGGGCAACUGGAGCAUCGGCAAAAAAGACAAGAAGAAAGAUGUUGAAGAACAGAAGAGCGAAUCAGCACCGACUGCCGAACCGGAGUCUCAGCCCGAACCGGAACCCGAAACCGAAUCACAGGCUGCAAAAGAUCCUGAACCGGAGAAGAACCAGGAUAUCUGGGGUUUCGCCACCAAGACUAGCAAGAAGGACAAGAAGAAGAAAAAGGGGAAAGGCGCAGAGCCGGAUCCCGCCCCUGAGCCUCAGCCUGAACUCAAGCCCGAGCCCGAGCCCGAGCCCGAGCCUGAACCCGAACCUGAACCUGAACCUGAACCGAAGACGGCAGAACCUGAAUCAAAGAAAAAGGGUGACGAUCCCUGGGCCCCUGCUACCACUUCAAAAAAGGACAAGAAGAAGAAGAAGAAAGGCGCUAGCGAGGAGUCGACAAAAGAGACAGCAAUCGACAAACCCGCUGAAGAUGCCUGGGGUAGCUGGGACGGGGACUCCAAGAAAGACGAUAAAAAGGCUGCCUCGUUUGCUGACACCAGUGAUGACAAACAGGACGACAAGACUGACGAAGCCGCAGAUGAUAAACUCGACUGGCUCUCUAUCGGAAACAAGGAUAAGAAGAAGAAGUCCUUUACUUUUGACGACCCUUCUCCAGCAGAUGGGCCCAAGAAUGAGUCCGCCAAAGACGAUGGAUGGGAUUUGUGGGGACCGAGUUCCAAGAAGGACAAGAAGAAGAAAGGGGCUUCAGACCUUAUCGACCUGAAUGAUCAGAAUGAGAAGGAAUCCCUAGCAGACUCGGCCAAGGAAACGGUAGAUGCUACAGCCGAUGACGACUUCUUCAGCACGUUCGGGACUGGCAAGAAAAACAAGAAGACAAAGGAGUCAGACCCCUCCUCCGCGAAACCAGAAAGUCCUGGGGAACCAGUAGACGAUUCCGGGGACGUGAUUACCGAAAAGGACCAGGCAAAAGAUGAUCCUGCCGAAGUCAAAGAAGACGCAACUGGAGAGCCCGAAGCCGAUCCCUGGGAGAAACCUGCAAAGUCCAAGUCCAAGUCUAAAUCCAAGGACAAGGAGGCGGAAAAGGACAAAGCGAAGAAAGAAAAGGAGCCCAAGCUGAGCGAGAGAGAACUGAAGAAACUCGAAAAAGAAAAGAAAAAGGCAGAAAAGGAACGACUCGAGCAGGAGGCCAAGGAGGCCGCCGAGAGAGAGGCCGAGGAACAGGCCUCACGAGAAGCAGAAGAGAAGGCUCGACUUGAAGAAGAAGAGAGGAUUCGCGCCGAAGAAGAAGCUGCACGGGAAGCGGAAGAACAGGCUCGAAUCGAACAGGAAGAGAAGAUCCGCGCCGAAGAAGAAGCCGCCCGGGAAGCGGAAGAACAGGCUCGAAUCAAAAAGGAAGAGAAGAUCCGCGCCGAAGAAGAAGCCGCCAUCCUGAAAGAAGAGCGAGAACUUGCUGCCCUUGAAGAGAAGAAACUUCUCAGGGGAAAACUCACAAAGAAGGACACGGACAAGUAUAACCGUUUGAAAGAGAAUUCCGAAAAACGAGCAAAGGAGGCAGAAGCUCAUGAAGCCGGCGACCAAGCCGCACGCGAAGCAGAGGAAGCCACUCGAAAGGCUGAGGAACAGGCUGCGCUCGAGGCAGAGGAAGCCGCACGAAAGGCUGAGGAACAAGCUGCGCUCGAAGCGGAGGAAGCCGCGCGAGAGGCUGAGGAACAGGCUGCGCUCGAAGCGGAGGAAGCCGCGCGAGAGGCUGAGGAACAGGCUGCGCUCGAGGCAGAGGAAGCCGCGCGAAAGGCCGAGGAACAGGCUGCUCGUGAAGCAGAGGAAGCUGCGCGAGAGGCUCUGAAACGGGCCGCGCAAGAAGCUGAAGAAGCAGAAGCUGCCAAGAAGAGUUCGAAAAAGAGCUCUAAAAAGGAAAAAGAAAGAGAAAAAGACAAGGACAAAAAGAAGGGAAAGAAGACGUCAAAGGAACCCGAGCCUGCACCCGAACCUGAACCCGAACCCGAGUCGAUACCUGAGCCCGCACCCGAGCCGGUACCCGAGCCAGAACCUGAGCCGGAACCUGAGCUGAAGCCGGAAGAGAUUGAAGAGCUUUUGUCUCCAAAGGACACAUCAACGAACGAUGCCUUCAGCUUCUGGGGUAUUGGUGGCGGGUCCAAGAAAUCCAAGAAAGCUGCGCAAGACGCCACUAAAGACAAGGAGGCCACUUCUUUGCCCAAGACAAGUGAGGGCGCUUCAAUCAUGAAGGGGUCGUUGUCGCGCAAAGCUGUUGGAGGCAAGAUUGCGGAUAGGCUGAAAACCUUUGAGGCCGAGCCGGAGGAGCCCCUUGCGGACUUGGUUCCUCCGCCUCCUCCACCAGCUCCGCCAACACCACCAAGAGAUGAAAAGAGCUCCAAACCUAGCUCCAAAAAACUGCUCAAGGAAACUGUUGAAGAGACGGAACGUUAUAUUUCCUCGAAGAAAAGCCACAAGGCUGCCGAGAUUCCUGGAAGCUUUCCAGCCGACGAAGACGAAGACGACAUUGUCGAAGUCAUUGACCUGUCACCGAAAGACAAGUCGAAGAAGAGCAAGAAGGGCAAGGCAAAACAAGAGUUUUUGCCCGCCCCGCCUCCCCCGCCUCCUGUUCCCGAUGCCCCGAUUCUCAAUGGCCCAAUGACGCCGCCUCCUCAGUCCAAGGCGUCGAAGAAAGUUCGACCCAAGAUUAACGGAGACGACGCAUCAUGGUCCAAAGUAGACGCAGCUUCCGCAGCUCAGAAGGAAGGAAGGAAAGAGGUUCGAAAAGCGUCGUCCUCGAAGACCAAGUCGGACAAGCCGUCAAAGCGACCUUCGGACAAGACUUCCUCCAAAGACUCUGGCUCGGAUAAAGCAGAGCGUGCGGAAAAAUCAAGCAAGAUGGCGAGCAAGGCUCGAACCUCGAGCAUGUUUGCUAGCACACCGCCCAUCUCCAGGUCCAUGUCCAUGCGGGACAGGGAGAAGAGGGCCGGGACGAGCGGCAGAUCAUCCUCACGCAGACGAUCCGUUGACGCGCACGGUGUAGCUCCCCCAGCUACGGAAGAACUGCCAGAAAUGCCAUCAAAGGCCGCCAAAAUAUUGGGCGUCGACAAGGCAAGCGCCAAGAAAAAAUCGCGCAAGGCUGCAGAACACGACGACGUGCAGAUGAGUGGUGGACUAGAUAUAGACAGCAGAGCUGCAAAGCGCGAGAAGAAGCGUUCUAGAAAACCCGUGGACGACGACGACGGGGCCAUGUUUGAUGGCGGCGCUCCAUCCGACACGCCGCUAAAGCGUGGUGCCUCGACAUCCAAAAAGUCGGGGUUUUCCGGCCUCUUCAGCGGAUUGAUGACACCAAAAUCAGCGAGGGCAGACCCAUUCGCAGAUGUGGAGGCGCCUGUGGACGAGACGGAUCGAGAGGCUCGACCAUCGGCACGGAAAUCUUCACGACGUAGCGACCGAGAGCAGCACGACAAGGUCAACAGCGAGUCGCGGCGGGGAAAGCGCCGUCAACACGAGGAGGAAUCUCAGGCGCGGAAGGUAGAGGAGAAGGAAGCUAGAAGAGCCGAGCGUCGCGCGGCUCGUCAGCGCGAAGCAGAGGAGCAACGCGCUGCCCAAGAACGAGAAGCGAGGAGAGCCGAACGACGCCGGCUGCGCAAGGAACAGGAGGCCGCUGCUCAAGCCGACGAGGCACGCAAGGCGGCUAAACAGGAGCGCCGGCACCCGCAACGAAUCGACGCGGCCGAAGAGGACGCGGAACGGCGACGGCGACGGGAAGAGCGCCGCGCAGCCCGCCACGCAGCAGAGGCUGCAAAUGGGCAUGGGCGGAGGAGCAGUCGAAGGCCGUCGGGAGAUGAGCCGGUGUACCCGCACAAGGACGGGGGGGAGGGGCGACGAGCACUCGGACGCACCACCACCGCCACCACCGGCGGCGGCAGCGGCGGCGGCACCUGA